AUGGAGUUCACUGAAGAGUUUUAUAAGGCUCAUGAAAACAGGAUUCCAGAAAGAUCUCAAGGCAUGGCUAAACAACUGCAGCAGCACGAUUGGAAAAGAAUCAUUGAGGAAUUCUCCCAACAGGAAUCACCUCCAAGCAUUAGGGAGCUGGGUGCCCAGGAAUACAUAGCAAAGGACUUCCAGGAUCAUCAGAAAGAUGAUAACAGGGACUCCCUCACUGCUUUGGGUGCUGAUAUGAACCCUGGAAUUUUAGACAGGAAGGACACAGAAACUGAAGCCGAAGGGCGCCGCGGCCGGCGGGGCGGUGCUCGCACCCGGGAUCGCCCCUCGGCUGCAGUGUGUUCGCAUCCGAGAGACCAUGGUGGGCUCCCCGCGCUCCCCGCUGCUCCUGCUGGCCGCCCUGACCGUCGCCCUGGCCCUGGCCGUGAGCUCGCGGCCGCGCAGGGCCCUGGAAAGAGUCGCCUGCUGGGCGGCCUGAUGGAGGAGGGCGUGCAGGAGGCGCUGUCCGUUGCGGUCAGCGAGUUUAGCAACGACGCUUACCAGAGCCGCGCGACGCGCGUGGCGCGCGCCCGCAAGCAGGUCGUGUCGGGGACGAGCUACUUCUUGGACGUGGAGCUUGGCCGGACUGCACGUACCAAGUCCCAGGGCAGCUUAGACAGCUGUCCCUUCCAUGGCCAGCCGCACCUGAAGAGGCGGAAAGCUGUGCCCAUUCCAGGUUGA